AUGUCCGAUUACCAUAUCCGCCUGUACGAGGACUCAGACUAUAAAGUUGUCAGGGAACUCUUUGCACGUGGUAUGAAUGAGCACUCUCACGAGGCCUUCCGUCAUGCUAUAAGUGUCCCAAGAAAUUGGCUUUUCAUGCUGGUCAUGUUCCUGGUUUCUUUCUGGAUCACUGGAUCCAUUAGUAUGCCCCUCCUGGUUCUGAUAACAGAAUUAAUUUUCCUCUGGAUCUGUUCGACAUAUAUCUAUUCAUCCUAUGUUGAUCAAUGCCUGUCAGAUGAUAUGUUGGACAUCCAAAAAUAUUAUCUACAGAGGGAUGGUUGCUGCUUUUGGGUGGCGGAGUCUGGUGGCAUAGUGGUGGGUACAGUGGCUGCUGUCCCAUCAUCUAAUCCACGUGUGGAGAAAAACACAGAGCUCAAGAGGCUGACUGUUGCCCGGAGUCACAGAGGUAAAGGGAUCGCUAAAGCCUUGUGCAGGACGGUCAUUGAUUUUGCCAGCCAGAGAGGUUGUGAGGCUGUUGUCCUGGAGACUUCAUCAGCCCAGAUUGAUGCUCAAAAGUUAUACGGGAAAAUGGGUUUCUUCCGAACUCACAUUGUUCAUCUAACUUGCUGCACAGGAAGAGUUCUUGAUUUUAUAGAUUUGUUUUAUCGAUAUGAUAUACCAACAAACAGGGGAAAUAUCUAA